AGGCGGUGGCGCUAGCCUCCGUCCCCAGCGCUAAAUCGGCUUAGCCCGUGGGCGUACGGCUGCCUCGCGUCGGUCGGGCGAAGCCCAGGUCUCAACGAAUCACCACCGGGCUGCCUCUCGACGCGGAGCCCGAGCGACCACCCAGAGAGGACACAGCACCCCCAAGCCAAGGAUGGCGGCCGUCGGCGCCGACGCCUUGGAGCAGUUCGCCGACUACGAGGCCUACCUCGACAGCCAAGUCUCCGAGACGGACAUGUACUACUUGGAGGACGAGGAGAUGGCCCGGCAAUUGGUCGAGCUCGGCUACCGUGGCUCCGGAGACACGUUAAAAAGGGACGAGUUCGAGGCGAGGCGUCGAGCGCUGAGAGAACGAGGCACGCAGCGCGCGAACGUGCCCAAGGCAUUGGCUUCCCAUGGAAAGGAUCUAUCAGGGAACCCGUUCCUGGCGGCGCUGGCGUCGCGAGAAGCCCUCGUAAGGAACGGCAAGUUGACCUCGAUCAUUUUCGUGCGGACGACGAACGCGAAGGGUCAACAGGUCUCGGCCUACAUCGACUACGCGCAUAGGUUAAAAACGGAGGACUUCGGCCCCUACUUCGCCGGCGAGAAGAAGCUCAUGCCCAAGCCGACAGAUUUAUCCUACUACAACUGGGAGACGCAGGCCUCGACGCACAACUCCACACCCAAUUUCCAGGUCGUCGCGGACCAGGAGGGCCUCCUCUUCAAAAACAAGCGGGACCGGAAGGUGGUCAACGUCGACCCGGCGGCGCCUCCCGGAGAUAAUUCCUCAAGGAACGAGCUCGAGUGCGAGGACUACCUCCAGGUGACGAUUUUCGACCACCUGACGCGGCGCAAGAACUAAAACGGGGGAUCGCAUAACAUGGGAUUCACUUA